AUGCGCCUGCUAAAGACCAACACGGUCGAGAUUGUUGAGUUUGCCCACGACCAGAUUCCUGAUUACGCAAUUCUAUCACACAGAUGGGGAGCAGAAGAAGUGACUCUCCAGGAGGUACAGCAGGGCAGUGCCCAGACGAGAUUGAAGCAAGGCUUCAAGAAGGUGCAGCAGUGCUGUGCCAGGGCAAAGGAUGACGGCUACAACUAUGUUUGGGUGGACACAUGCUGUAUCGACAAGACCAGCAGCACAGAGUUAUCCGAAGCCAUCAACUCCAUGUACGUGUGGUACUACCAGGCCUCGCGAUGCUACGCCUUUCUCGCCGACGUGCCAUCGCGGUGCACGACCAUGCAGGAAAGCGAGUGGUUUGCCCGUGGUUGGACCUUGCAAGAGCUGCUGGCACCCGAAGAAGUGUACUUUGUCAACGAGCAAUGGGCAGACCUGGGUACCAAGGAAACUCUGCGGCAAGAGGUGCACGACCGCACCGGCAUACCUCUUGACGUGCUCUCUGGUGAGGUCGAUGUCGAGACAGCCAGCGUCGCGCAGAGGAUGUCAUGGGCUGCCAAAAGACAGACGACGCGGCCUGAAGACCGAGCCUACUGCCUACUCGGCAUCUUCGGUAUCCAGAUGCCGCUGCUUUACGGGGAGGGAGAGCGAGCCUUUACUCGGCUGCAGGAGGAGAUCAUGAAAACGUCCAACGAUCACAGUCUCUUUGCCUGGGCUUCCCCCGACGGGCGAGGUGGGCUUCUGGCUACCUCGCCGGCGGCUUUUGAGGCCUCUGGCCGCGUCGACCAAUACAGGGCCGCCGACAUUCCCAACAGUCCUCUGACGGUGAGCAGCCGAGGUAUCGACUUGGAGCUCCGCAUCAUCGGUCAUGGACCUGAAGGACUGUGCCUGGCAGUGCUCAAUUGCAAACAGCCGCAGCAGAAAGGCAACGCCUGGGAGGACGAGCUUGUUGGCAUCUGGGUGCGGGACAAGUCCUUAACCAUGACAACUUUUGAGAGGGUCCAGAGCGAAACGAUGCCGUCGGUUGAUAUGAGCAAGUUUGUAACAUCACAGUGUCCUGUGAGGCAUGUGUGCAUUGAGAGUGGACGCAUCAAGCCGUCACGGAAACCUAGAUCCCAGAACGCUGUUGCGACAGCGGCCAUUACCAGCCAGAUGGCAAGCCUUCAAGUGUACGAUGACACUCUCCUGACCGACUUGAUGAGCUUCUCAGAAACCCCAGCAAAAGUGCUUGUGCGCGCAGCCAAGGAUGGAGAUGAAGACCACGUAUGGUUGCUGCUAACAAGGACCGAUGUGGAAGUCAAUGAGAGAGUUGAAUCUGGGCUAACGGCGCUGUCGACUGCCGCAGAAAAUGGACACGCUGCCGUCGUCAACCUCCUUCUCGCGAGAGGCGCCAGCGUCAACUCGACUGACACUUUGGGUCGGACUGCACUCCAUCGCGCGGCCGCGAGCGGACAAGAUGCGAUUGUCGAGCUCCUUACCGGGGUAGAUGGCACCGUCAUCGACCUGAUGGACAGCACUGGCUGCACGCCGCUGUUGUUGGCAGUGCAGAAUGGACACACAGCCGCGGCCAAGGUGCUUCUUGAUAGGGGCAGCUAUACCUAUGUGGGCGAUAACCAUGGCCAGACGACACUCCUGUUUGCGGCAGCCAAUGGAGACGUGCCCACGGCUACUCUCUUGUUGGAUAUGGAGGCAUCUAUGCUAGCCAAGAGUGACGUCAACAGCAACCUUCGCACACUUCCUGGCGGUGAUGAUAGAAUCAUAGACUGUUCAGACACCACCGGCCGAACACCACUACGGGUAUCUGCGGAGACCGGCCAUGAGGCAAUAAUGAGACUGCUUCUAUCGAGAGGCGCACAAGUAGAUGCGCAGGACACAUCCGGCCAGACGACCUUACACUGGGCGGCCGACAAUGGCAAAGAUGCCAUCGUUGAGCUACUACUUACGAACGGAGGAGCCGACAUCCACGCCAAGGACGACUCUGGGAUGACAGCGCUACACCAUGCCGCCGACAAAGGUCACAACAGCGUGGUAACCCUGCUCCUCGACAACGCAGCAGAUGCCAGCGCACGGGAUGAACAUGGCUGGACACCUCUAUGGCACGCCGCAAGCAUGAAUCACGGCGCAAUAGUCGAUAUGUUGCUCGAGAGCGGCGCAUCUAUUUCCGCCAAAGACAGCGAUGGAGUAACGCCGCUGCGUUGGGCUAUCCUUCAGGGACAUUCACCCAUGGCCAAACUGCUCAUCAACCGCGGAGCGAGCAUCGACGCGGAAGAAAACUCGGUACGGCAUCUGAUGCAGUGGGCGGCCAAGAACGGACAUGACGACACAUUAAACAGUCUGACCAGGCUGUCGCCAGACGAGUUCCAACCCGACUCGGGCUGGACUCCCAUCAUAUGGGCAGCCGUGUACGGGCACGAGGCUCUAGUGCGGCAGCAACUCACCAACGGCGUGGACGUCAACACCACCGAUAACUUGGGCCGCACGGUGCUCGAAUGUGCUGCCGAGAAUGGACACGAAUCCAUCGCCCAGCUCCUCCUAGACGAAGGCGCCGACGUCAACCAGAGUGGCGAGGACGGCAGCAACAGCCUAGGCAGCACGCCGCUAUCAUCAGCCGCAAACUACGGACACGACAGUGUAGUGAAGUUGCUGCUAGAAAGGGGCGCCAACCCCGACGGCACCACCACCAAGAAACGCGACGUCGACAACACCCCCCUAUGGUGUGCGACACGUCACCGCCACCACAAGAUAGUCAAGCUGCUCCUCGACAAAGGGGCCAACUUUAAAAUCCGUGGCCAUGGCCGACGCACACUUCUAUGGGAAGCCGUGUCCGAUGGAGAUGUAACCACGGUAAAGUUACUAAUAGACGCUGGCGCCAACGUCACUGAAGUCAGGGAUGGGCACACGCUCCUAUGGGAAGCUACCUCCUUGAGGGACGCGCGCAUGGUGGCCCUUCUGCUUGAUGCGGGUGUCAACGUCGAGAAGGGGGGGCCUUCCGAGACGCCGCUGGCGUUGGCGUAUGAGAAUGACUGCGCUGAGGUUGCGAAGGUGUUGCUUGAGAGGGGUGCGAAGACUAAUUUUGAUAGAUCUGAUCGGUAUAAGAGCAGGGAGAUGCUUGAUUUGUUUAGGACGAGAGAUGGGUAG